GUUUCCUCCGUCUGUCCACAGGGAUAUUUGGCCAGCGUCUGGAGGACACGGUGCAGUAUGAGAAGAAGUUCGGCCCCCGGCUGGCCCCCCUGCUGGUGGAGCAGUGCGUUGACUUCAUCAGGGAGAGGGGUCUGGAUGAGGAGGGUCUGUUCAGGAUGCCAGGGCAGGCCAACCUGGUGAAGGAGCUGCAGGAGGCCUUCGACUGCGGAGACAAGCCUCUGUUCGACAGUAACACAGACGUCCACACGGUGGCGUCGCUGCUGAAGCUGUACCUGCGAGAGCUGCCUGAACCCGUCAUUCCCUUCUCCAAAUACGAAGACUUUCUGACCUGUGCUCAGCUUCUGGCCAAAGAUGAGGAGGAGGUAAGUCCAGUUUAUAAACCUGGCCACAGUAUUCUGGACCAAAUAUCUCGACCAGAUGGAGGAACCCGCUCACGCAUCAUGGAAGGCACGUCUAUGGUCCAGCACCUGAUGACGAUCCUCAUCAGGGAACACAACCGCUUCUACUCAGGGAGGGACCCCGAGGUGCUCACCGUGCCCCAAUCAGAGCUCCCUGUCGUGGGGCAGCAGCACCGCAGCCUGGGGGCCUGGAUCUCAGAGGAGGACCUGCAGACCUGCCCGGUGUCCAACCCCCCCGACCAGGAGCUGCACAGCAGUGCCUCGUCGCUGGACGCCAAACUGUGUGCAGCAGCCUUCACCCCCACGCAGACCCCCAACCUGAACCCUGGACCAAAGCUGGGGUCUCCGUCAGGGAAAGGAGAGCUGGUGGUCAGCCCGAGCAAACAGGGAAAGAACAUCCCCUCCUGGAAGUACUCUUUUAAAAGCUCCUCGGCGCCUCGUUCCCAACCGCAAGGCAAACAACCCGUCCCCUCUGUGGCGGAUCCAAGUGUGACUUCCACUGGAGGAGGAGGGGGAGGGGGAGGAGUUGGUGGAGGAGGAGGAGGAGGAGGAGGUGGAGGUAACUGGCUCAUGAAUGGUUUGUCCUCUUUAAGGGGACACCGGCGCACCUCCUCAGGAGAAAGAUCAGCCAGAGAUCGAGACUCCACGGGCUCCUCUCAAAGACUGUCCACCUACGACAACGUCACCUCCUCGUCCAGCAUGGGCAGCGUUCCCAGUGUCGCCAGCACACCCUGGUCCUCCUCCUCCUGCGAGAUCUCCGUCCCAGACUCGGGGAGUGAGCCCUCGCCCAACCAGAACAACUGCGGAGUGGCGGGCGAAGGAGGCGGGGAGGACAAAGGGGAGUGGGCGGAGAGCCAGAGGGAGAUGGACGGAGGGGGGGGGAUGACCACGGACCCGGGCUCGGAGCAGGACAGCUGCGAGGCCAUGGAGCUGUGCAGCAGCAGCGGAGCCUGCAGCGAGAACGGGAACACGGCCAUGGCCAGCGGGGUGCCGUCCAUCAUCAUGUCCGAGGACGGGGACGGGAUGAACCUGAGUCUCAGCGGGCUGGUGGAGGGACUGAAGGACGAGCUGAGGAAACAGAAGACGGGAUACGAGGGCAGGAUCCAGAAAUUGGAGGAGUCCAGCGCCGCUUUGUAUGCGCAGAUGGAGCGUCUGGAACAUGAGAUGGAGCAGGAGAAGAAGAAGCAACGCAUGCUGGAGAUCAAACUACGAAACUCUGACCGAGCGCGGGAGGACGCGGAGAACCGCAACCGGCUUCUGGAGAAGGAGAUGGAGGAUUUCUUUUCCACGCUGGGAGAUCUGGCUCUUGGUGCGAGGACUAGUGACAUUUGAUACGGCAUGUGGUCAAAACUGUCCGGGUUUUGUCUUUCUGGGGGUCUUUGAACACAUCCUCCUUGGUGUAUCAGGGCGUUGAAGGAACCGGCCAUAUUUGUGUACAUUCAGGACGAACAGAAAUAUGGAGAUCAGAGAGAGGAGACUCUGAAGCAUGCUUGAAGUGGAACGUUGAAUUAAGAUGUGAAUACACUCCUUGAUGAGUCCAGGGUUUGUCUUGUGAAGGCAGUAUUUAACAGUUCAGGUGCCUGAAGUGUCUGAAGAUGUGGAUGGUGGGACAUAAUGUAAUUUCUCUGACAUUCUCUAUACUGGAGAGCACUGACAUUAAACACUACUUAUAGGGACAUUACACGAAUGCUUUUUGUUCUGCAACUGAAGGACAUGUUGACGUUAGCAGGCCGCUGACUGAUAUCUAUCUGUAAGGAAUAGGGCUACAUUUUGGGAUACACACUUAUUUGCCUUCUUGCUGAGAGUGAGACGAGAGAAUAUUAUUGUCUGUUGGAUUGAUAUGUAGCUACAGUUAGCUUAGCUUUAAUUAGAGAUAGAAAACUGGAAAAAGGGCUAGCAUAGCAUUUAAGUCUGCCAACCAACAGUUCUCAAGCAGAUUUAUUAACAUGUUAGGCUAACUUGUUCCACUGUUUUCUAUAUUUAUGUUAAGUAAGCUAACUAUCCACUGUUUUCUACCUUUAUGAUAAGCUAGGCUAACAAGCUACUUGCUGUGGCUUUAAAUCAGUGUUUCUCAAAGUUUUUCAUACCAAGGACCACUUAACCAAUAAAAAAACACUCGCG